UGAGCAAAAGGCUAGAGAUUCCAUGUUUUACUCAUACAAGAGGCAUAUAAAUGGCUUUGCUGCACUUCUUGAAGAAGAAGAAGCUGCUGAGAUUGCUAAGCAUCCAAAUGUGGUAUCAGUACUAGAAAACCAAGAGAGAAAGCUGCACACAACUCAUUCAUGGGAGUUUCUUGGACUGGAAAAGGAUGGCUCUGUUAGUCCGUCUUCCCUUUGGGAGAAAGCUCGGUAUGGCGAAGAUACCAUCAUUGCAACGAUUGAUUCCGGUGUUUGGCCUGAAUCAAAGAGCUUUAGUGACGAUGGGAUUGGACCCAUUCCUUCCAAAUGGAAAGGUACCUGUCGGUUUGAAGGCCAUAAGCAACAUCUUUGCAACAGAAAACUGAUUGGGGCCAAGUACUUCAAAAAGGGGUACGAAGCCUACACGGGGCAGCCCCUCAACUCAUCAUUCCAGAACGCGCGCGACUCGGUAGGCCACGGGACCCACACCCUCUCGACGGCCGCCGGGAGCUUCGUCCCCUGGGCCAGCGUGUUUAGUGUCGGGAACGGUACCUCCAAGGGCGGGUCCCCCCGAGCCCGCGCUGCCGCUUACAAGGCGUGCUGGUCUACCUCGCAGGGCACCGGCUGCGUGGACGCCGACAUCAUGAAGGCUUUCGACGAGGCCAUCCACGAUGGGGUGGACGUGCUGUCGGUCUCCCUCGGCGGGAUGCCUAGCCCCUAUUACGAAGACACUAUCGCCAUUGCCGCCUUCCACGCCGUGCGGAGAGGGGUCGUCGUGGUGGCCUCUGCCGGGAACUACGGGGUGGCGGAGUCCGUGACGAACAUGGCCCCUUGGAUCAUAACUGUCGGGGCAAGCACACUCGACCGCGAGUUUCACGCCGAUGUUGAGUUGAGGGACGGAAGGGUGUUUACGGGUACAAGCUUUACGAGACCGUUGCCGGAGAACAAAUUCUACCCGCUUAUUAGCGCCGCCAAUGCUAAAGCUGCUAAUGCAACCGAAGGAGCUGCUUUACUCUGCCUGCCGGGUACGUUGGACCCGAAAAAGGUGAGGGGCAAAAUAGUUGUUUGCCUAGGAGGGGAAAACCUACACCUUGAAAAGGGUUGGGUGGCAGCACGAGCAGGCGCUGUUGGGAUGAUUCUCAGCAACGAUGAGAUUUGGGGAUCUACGAUCACGGCUGAACAACAUUUUCUACCGGCUGCACAUAUCGAUUAUGCCGACGGCCGUGCUCUCUUUUCCUAUUUAAUUAGUACCAAGAAUCCAGAAGGUCUUAUUAGGACUCCAACUGCGGUGCUGAAGAUAAAACCGGCUCCGGUUAUGGCCGCCUUCUCUUCUAGGGGACCGAAUGUCGUCACCCCGGAAAUCCUUAAGCCCGAUAUUGCGGCUCCAGGAGUCAACAUAAUAGCUUCUUUUACCGAGGCAAUAAGCCCGACGGGGUUGGACAUUGACCACCGCAGGACACCUUUCGCCGUGAUGUCUGGGACCUCUAUGUCUUGUCCCCAUGUUGCGGGUGUUGUGGGCCUGCUCAAGACGUUGUAUCCCGAUUGGAGCCCGGCUGCAAUUAGAUCCGCCAUCAUGACAACCGCGAGGAUCCGUGACAACACGGGUAACCCGAUGUCCAACUUUACCCACUCGAAGGACACCCCCUUCGGGUAUGGGUCAGGCCACAUCAGGCCGAACCGGGCCCAGGACCCUGGCCUGGUCUACGACCUGACGGUCAACGACUACAUUGACUUCCUCUGUGGGAUCGGCUACAACGGGAGCAGGCUGGCACAAUUCGCCACAUCUGACUACCACUGCCCGGAGGACUACAGCAUCCUCGACUUCAACAACCCGGCAAUCACGGUCCCAAAAAUCAACGGUUCAGUCACCGUGACCCGGAAGGUGAAGAAUGUGGGCCAGCCCGGGAAGUACGCCUCACGCAUUCGCCAUCCCCCCGGCUUCAGGGUCUCGGUUGAGCCAAACGUGCUGGAAUUCGAGAAAAUCGGGGAGGAGAAGGUGUUUAGGGUGACUAUAAAGGACAAGAGAUCAGGUGUCAGUGUGGAGAGGGAUGAUUAUGCGGCUCUUUUUGGUGCCGAGAGGCCGUAUAGCUUUGGGGAGCUUAUGUGGUCUGAUGGUAGGCAUUAUGUGAGGAGUCCAAUAGCGGCGAGAACUACAUAUUUUGGCUAA